CCUUCACUCCUCAUCUUUUCUCUCCAGUCCUGCUGAAGUGUCUCGGCCCGAAAUGUCGACUGCACUCUUUUCCAUAGAUGCUGCCUGGACUUCCGAGUUCUUCCAGCAUCUUGUGUUUUCUGCUUUCACUUCUUUCAAGUAGUUCAGAAAUAAAUUAACUGCUGUACUUUAGGGAAAAGCAGCAGCAAACUUCUCAUAAAUUUCAUAUCAAGAUAUGAGGCCCUUCAACCCAUUGACACACCACCAGCUCUCAGAGCAAUUGCAAACCUCGACUUAUUUCCCUGUAACACAUCCACUCACACAAGUCCAUUAACACCUCCCUGAUUCUCCUAUCACCAUCCCAUUUGAGGACAUUUACACCCGUCAGUUUCUAUAUAGCAGUAAUAAGAUGUUUCAAAGAGGUUGUCUACACUGAACUAUAAAUUAUUGAUCAGCAGCCGUCUUUAAAAGAGUUUUGAUGUCGAGGGUAACAUCUUUACUUUUGCUUAAAUAAUGUAUUACAACAUGUAGAAUGCACGAGACUACAGCACAAGAACAGGACCUUUGGCCCACAAUGUCGAUGCUUACCAUGAUGUUGAUUUAAACUAAUCCCAUCUGCCUGCACAUGCUUUAUUUCUUCCCAUUCUCUUCCUGUUCAAAUACCUGUCUAAAUGCCCUUUUGACUUUGCUGUAGUACAGUGCCAUGCAAAGGUUUGGGCACCCCUGCUCAAACUGUGAAUAGUUAAGUGAGUAGAAGAUGACCUGAUCUCCAAAAGUCAUGGUGUUAAAGAUGAAACAUUCUUUUCAACAUUUUAAGCAAGAUUAGUGUAUUAUUUUUGUUUUGUACAAUUCUGGAGUGGAAAAAAGGAAAGGAGCACCAUGCAAAAGUUUGGGCACCCCAAGAAAUUUGAGCUCUCACAUGACUUUUACCAAGGUCUCAGAACUUAAUUAGCUUGAUAGGGCUAUGGCUUGUUCACAAUCAUCGUUAGGAAAGGCCAGGUUAUGCAAAUUUCUGAGUUUUAUAAAUACCCUGACUCCUUAAACCUUGUCCCAACAAUCAGCAGCCAUGGGCUCCUCUAAGCAGCUGCCUAGCACUCUGAAAAUUAAAAUAACUGAUAGCCACAAAGCAGGAGAAGGCUAUAAGAAGAUAGCAAAGCCUUUUUCAGGUAGCUGUUUCUCCUGUUCGUAAUGUAAUUAAGAAAUGGCAGUUAACAGGAACUUUGGAGGUCAAGUUGAGGUCUGGAAGAUCAAGAAAACUUUCCGAGAGAAUUGCUUGUAGGAUUGCUAGAAAGGCAAAUCAAAACCCAGGUUUGACUGCAAAAGACCUUCAGGAAGAUUCAGCAGACUCUGGAGCGGUGGUGCACAGUUCUACUGUGCAGUGACACCUGCAGAAGAAAAAGUUUCUUGCGUUAUGACCACAAAAUUCAGCAUCAGAAGUUUGCAAAAGAAUAUCUAAAGAACCCUGAUGCAUUUCGGAAGCAAGUCCUGUGGACUGAUGAAGUUAAAACAGAACUGUUUGGCCGCAAUGAGCAAAGCACUUGAAGAAAAAUAAGGAAUCUCUGUGGAACACAGGGCUCAUCAAAGAGUUUACGUUAUCUGAAGUUCUCAGGAUUUUGGCGUUGCAGAGUUUAAAAAGUAUGGUUAGAAAUGACAAGGAAUUUAUCUACAGGAAUCUCGACCACAAUGCAUCAGCUUUGCUGUCUCUGUCCAGAUAUUUAUGAAGUAGAGCAAGGGAUUCAGUCAAUCAUCCUUCCGGCUCAGACUGCGGGGAGGGAAUCACUUGAUCAUCUGACCGACUGCCAUGCCCAUCAUUUUACACAGGGGAGAGACCAUUCACCUGCUCAGACUACAGGGAUAGAUUCACUGAGUCAUCUCAACUGAGGGUACAUCAGCAAUUUCACACUGGGACAAGGCCAUUCACAUGUUCUGUGUGUAAGAAGGGAUUCAGUCGGUCUUCCAACCUGUGGACACACCAGUCAGUUCACCCUGGGCAGAGGCUGGUCGUCUGCUGAAUUUGUGCGGAGGGAUUCACUAAGUCAUCUGAUGUAAUGGCUCACCAGCGAGUUCACACCGGGGAGAGGGCGUUCACCUGCUCAGACUGUGGGAAGGGAUUCAUUAAAUCAUCUAAACUGAAGAUACAUCAGCGAGUUCACACUGGGGAGUGGCCAUUCACCUGCUCAGACUGUGGGAAGGGAUUCACUCGAUCAUCCACCCUAAUAGCACACCAGCGAGUUCACACUGGAGAGAGACCGUUCACCUGCUCAGUCUGUGGGAAGGGAUUCGCUCGAUCAGCCAACCUUCAUAGACACCACCAAGUUCACACUGGGGAGAAGCUGUUCACCUGCCCAGACUGUGGGAAAGGAUUCACUUUAUUAUCUCACCUACGGAGACACCAGUCAGUUCACACCGGGGAGAGGUCGUUCACCUGCUCAGUGUGUGGGAAGGCAUUCGCUCAGUCAUCUCAUCUGCUGAGGCACCAGCAAGUUCACACCGGGGAGAGGCCGUUCACCUGCUCAGACAUUGGGAAGAGUUUCUCUCAGCCAUUUCCACCAAAUGUGCAUCAUUGAGUUCACCCUGGGGAGAGGCUGUUCACCUGCUGUAAAUGUGGGGAAGGAUUCUCUCAGUAUUCUAACCUUGUGACACAUUACCGGGUUCACCUGAGGAGAAAGUUUCAAUGAGCUGCAUGCUGAAUAUUUGUCCAUCACCAUUGCUGAAUGCAAUUUCGAGAGUGACUGUCGGUGCUGAACUCUGCAAUUAUUGUUGCUGCUCACCACACCCAGUUCUGCACCCUGGUCGCUGGGCAUGGGAGGAGUUUCUUCUGCUACACAUUCACCCUUAAUGGGACUGGGGUUUAAUAUUCUGGAUCUGAGACAAAUAAAUCAGUUCUAUUUUAAACUCUGUCUUCGGUACUUAGUGAAUUUAUAACACACCUAGUGUACAGUAGAGCGUCAAGUCAGGCUGGCUGGACCCAGCCAGUGAUUCUGUUCCACGACAGUCCUUUUAAAUCCUCCCCUAUUGUUCAUCUCUCGUUUUCCUUGUGGUGAUGGUUUCCAAAAGUCACCACUCUGUGGGUGAAGAGGUUUCCCUUGAAUUUCCUGCAGACUGAAGAAGUUGAGCUGACUGCAGUUCUGUUUGAGAUGUUCUUUGCCCCCCUAAUCUCUGGGCUGAGGAAGAAUGACAUUGGGAGUUAACAUCCUUAAUCACGACUCAUUUCCACAUUAUGGGUCAUUUUCCCUGCUUCUAAAGGGUUGUCCACUGUCCUCUAAAGACUGAAAGCAGAAUGGGAAACCAUCAGUUAGAUGUUCAACGAAGCAGGGUCAGAAUCCAGAGGUGGGUCCGCACAGGGCAGAGUUUGGGGCUCUGGACGAUGGUCGGGGUAAGAACGUACAAUGAGGAGAAGGGAACCAGCAGCAGGGUGUGGCAACGAAUGACAGAGUAGCAAUAUUUCGAAGCUGAUUGACAGAGAAAAUAAUUUGGUUGUCUGACUGAUGAUACAAACAAUGCCUGUGGUGAGGUGCUCCACUAGUCAAGGAUCAUGUGUGUGUGGGGAAUGGUUUUAUCUAUUGAGGGAGUUGUUCCUGCUUGUUUAUCCUGUUAUAUUAUAUCUGGAUGGUUAUUGAUUGUCCUGUUAGUACUAAUGUAGUGAUUAUAAUAUAAUUUGUAAGAUUUUGGCUCUGAAACUGAAUCAGGCUUGAAUUUAUGGUGCUUCAAUGAAGUUAUGGUGGUUAUUCAUGAGUUUAUAUUUUGAAGUAAGAUUUUGGUGAAUGAUAUUUGCCACUUGAUUGUACCUUUGUAAGUAAUCAGAUUGAGUUAAACUGCUGCAGGAUCCUGGAAUGUGUUGAAUCGGGUCUGGUUUCUCUUGGCAUUUUCUGCACUUCCUGCGUUGUUUGUAUUUCAUGUAUUUUCAAUUUUGUUUUUCCUUUUGUUAACCACCUUGUCCUGCAUUUCUGCAAGGAACCCCUCUGUUUCUGGGAAGAGGUCUCCAACUCUCAGUCAAUUGCUCGAUGCUUCCUUGUCACCAUCUCGUCUGCUCAGAUCAUUGGGAUGUCUCCCAUGGAGGGUCAUACUCAUUCCACUGGUUAAUGUUUUCCACAGUUAUGAUUCAUUUUUUUUCUGAGUUAGCAUCUCAUUUAAGUUUCUGGGCUGUAUUUCUUAUCACAAUUGCAUAUACACACAGGGAGUGCUGAAUCCUGUUCAUAUUUGAUGAAAAAAUAUACUUUCAAGUUUUAACUGACUGUUGUGUGAUUUUUUUUUCAUGUGCAUUAUUUCUCUUCCUCCUUCUGUCCAAAGUAGUGUUAAUCUAAGUGAGUUUGAGUGUAAAUAGUCUUUUCUAAAGUUAUCAUUUCAGUUCUUAUUUAUCUUUGUAAAUUUUUUUGAUUGAAAUUUAAUCACGAUAUUUUCAUUAAAAUAAAGUCAA